AUGAGGCCCUUCUUAUCUGUUGCCUCGCUAGCAUACGCUGCUGUGUGUGCUGUAUCAGCAGCUGCUGUCUCCGAUACCGAAAAUGCUGGAAAUACACCUUUCAAAAUCGAUUUUGAAAUCCAUCGAGGUUCUUCAACAUGGGAUAUGGCUCGACAUAAGCGAGGAGAACUAGUCAAGCGUGAUGGUCUGUUGGAUAUGGAGAUUAAAAACGAGAAUACUUUCUACCUUGCUGAGCUCAAAUUUGGUUCCAAUGAAAACAAGGUGGGUGUAUUGGUGGAUACCGGGUCUUCCGAUUUGUGGAUCAUGUCGCAUGACUUACGGUGUGAAGCAGUGCUGCAGUCUGCCAAACGGAAGCGGGAACGCUUGAUUACGUUGCCCGAAGACGAAACCAAAAAGGGUUCCAGCAAGGGUGCUCACAAGGAAGUUGGCCAUGAAAAGGCAGGUUUUUACACCACCAUAGAACUCACCGAAGGCGGUGAUUAUGCUACCGCUUCGUACGCCCACGAAACCAAUACUUGCACGGGCCACGGAUCGUUUGCUACCGCCAACUCGGACUCGUUCAAACGUAAUCUGUCGGCUCCUGCAUUCUCCAUUCUGUAUGCCGAUGGUACCGAUGCCAAUGGAGUUUGGGGCCACGAUGAUGUCAUUAUCGGCAACACCACCGUGAAAUCAUUGAGCUUUGCAGUGGCCAACGAAACCAGUUCUAAUGUGGGAGUGUUGGGUAUUGGUCUUAUUGGUCUUGAAGUCACCAGCUCUUUCACGGGCAGUAGCGGCCAGAGUGGAGGUUACACUUACCUGAAUCUUCCAUUGAAACUCAAGGAUGACGGGAUCAUCCACAAGAAUGUUUUUUCACUUUAUCUCGGUGAGGAAUCUGACAGUCUGGGGCUGAUUUUAUUUGGUGCUGUGGACUCGGCAAAGUACAGUGGAACUCUUCAAACUGUCCCCAUGGUCAACUCCUACUCACAAUAUACCGACACUCCCAUCCGUAUAGAGGUGGCUCUCAACGCCAUGCAAAUCGAGUCCGGUUCGAAAAAUUAUACCAUUUCUUCCAAGGCACAUGCAGUGGUAUUGGACACUGGAUCCACCUACUCGUACAUUUUUGAAGACAUGCUCGAAAACGUUGCAAAUACCGUGGGUGCCAGAUAUUCCAGUUCAGCAGGAGCAUACGUCAUGAGUUGCAUAGACGACGACAAUGCCAAAAUCACGUUGGAUUUCAGCGGUAACAAACUCGAGAUUCCUCUUUCUGCAAUUCAAGCACCUGCUCUGAGCAACGGAAACACCUGUUUCUUGACAUUGCUCCCCCAAAGCAGCGACUCUCGUUACGUUUUGUUCGGUGACAACAUCUUGCGUCACAUGUACAUUGUCUACGAUUUGGAUGAUUACGAGGUUUCGUUCGCCCAGGUCAAAUUCACCAACGACGAAAACGUUGAGGUGGUAACCUCGUCAAUUCCUCUGGCACUGAAGGCUCCAAACUAUUCACUGACAAGCAUCGCUUCCAACGAAGGUGAAUCUAUUAUAUCUGGAAGUGCCAAUCUCGGUACCGGUAGUAGCAGCAGCAGUAGCGGUCAUCUGAAAAGUGGAGGUUCUAUCCUCAGUGUGCCGCUCGUUAUGGCAUUUGUGGCAAUUGGGUCAUUGUUUGUGGUUUGCUAA